AUGACCCAGCAGACGAUGUCUGUGGACGGUGCGGUGUUGACUGAAUGGGUGCGUAAAAUUCUCGAUACUCAUGUUCUAACGGCGCGUCAAUCCGUGUUUUUGGACCCGGGUCAAGGUGUUCUGUUGGUCGGCCAGGUUAUAUCCGUUACGACCUCGUCUGGAACUGGAACGAGUGGUAGUGGAACAAGUGGUCAGGGUAUAGUUACCGGAGAAACGAUAUUUGAAUUCCAGAGCCAAAGUCCCUCGGUGGUUAUAAGAGAAAUGAAUCGAUCAUUGUUUAAACAGGAGUUUAAUUUUGAAGCUCUUGGUAUCGGAGGUUUAGACGUACAAUUUGCGGAUAUUUUCCGUCGGGCAUUUGCAAGUAGAGUGUACAGUCCGGCUUUGGUUCAAGAGCUGGGCAUAACACACGUGCGCGGAUUAUUGUUAUACGGUCCCCCGGGUACAGGUAAAACAUUAAUUGCUCGUCAGAUUGGAAAAGCCUUGAAGGCGAAAGAGCCGAAGAUUGUAAACGGUCCGGAGGUGUUAAAUAAGUUUGUUGGUCAGUCUGAAGAGAACAUUCGAAACUUAUUUGCUGAGGCUGAGAUUGAUGAAAAAAAAUUUGGUAUAAACUCGCCUUUGCAUAUCAUCAUUUUUGAUGAAUUGGAUGCGAUAUGUAAGCAGCGUGGUAGUACAGGAGCUAGUGGUAGUGGUGUGAAUGAUUCUGUAGUGAAUCAAUUACUUUCGAAGAUUGAUGGUGUUAACUCUUUGAAUAAUAUCUUGCUAAUUGGAAUGACCAAUCGUAUGGAUAUGUUGGAUGAGGCAUUAUUAAGACCGGGUAGACUGGAAGUACAAAUAGAAAUCGGUCUGCCAGAUGAGUUUGGUCGAAAUCAGAUUUUGAAAAUCCAUACAAAUGAUAUGAGGAAGAGCAAGAGAAUGGCGGACGAUGUUGACCUUAAAGAUCUGGCGAAGCGAACGCGGAAUUUUAGUGGUGCCGAACUAGCUGGUCUUAUCCGAUCGGCAGUGUCUUACGCUUUCGCUCGUAACGUGGACCCUUCCAAUCUUGGUGGGGGCGGUAAGACUGGUGGUGGUGAAGCUGAUGUUUUGAUCACCAAGGCAGAUUUCGAGAUGGCAUUGAAGGAGGUGAGACCAGCAUUCGGUGCUUCUGAAGAUCUGGACCGAUAUUCAUUGAAUGGAAUUAUACCGUACUCAGCAGAGUUCUUAAAACUGAGACAAGAUUUGAUGGUCCUAACUGAGCAGGUAAAAAAAAGCCCUUCAUCACCUCUUGUUACUGUGUUACUAUGGGGUACUCAAGGCUCUGGUAAAACGAGUCUUGCUACACAUAUAGCUAAGCAGAGCAACUUUCCAUUUGUUAAAAUUAUUUCGCCAAAUCAAUUUGUUGGUUAUAAUGAAGGAUCGAAAUUGAUGGGAAUUGCCAAAGCGUUUGAUGACGCAUAUAAGUCUAACCUGUCCCUACUUAUUAUCGAUGAUAUUGAGAGACUUUUAGAUUUCACGCCGAUCGGUCCUAGAUUCAGUAAUAACUUACUACAGGCCUUGCUAGUGCUUGUCAAAAAAAUUCCUCCAUACCAGGCCACGACUGCUGGAACCACCUCCGGUAGUGGAGCCACCUCCGGUAGUGGUGAAGGGGGUAUCACCGCUGGUGGAAGACGGCUGUUGAUAAUUGGAAUUACAUCUGAACCACAGUUCCUUCAGGACUCAAAGUUGGCGUCAGCAUUUCAACUAGCAUACAAGCAGCCGCUUAUCCGAGAGAAAGCCGCGGUUCUAGAGUGUCUGAACUACCGAAGGAAGUUGGUGGCAGAUAUAGACCAGCUUGAAGCCAACAGAAUCGCAGACUUAGUGGGAACCGCCAAAAUCGGCGUCAAGAAACUUUUCAUGGCUUUAGAGAUGGCCAGCGAAAUGUCCAAGCCACAAACAAUCAAAGCAGACACAGCUGUCCAAUGUCUCCGUGAUUUCGGGGUCAAUAUCUGA